AAUAACUCCUUCAAGAACGAAAGGAUGUUCGUUUUUUACAUAUCCUUGAAAUCUUGCUUAAUGUUUAAGGUGGAAGGAUAAAACAAGGAAAAAAGUGCUGCGGGGCAUUUUUUGCUUCCUGCUCUGAUCCGAGAUACAUUCAAAUUUAAAGGGUCUAUAUACUUGAUUAUCCACGGAUAUACGUGCUGGACUUCUUUUUCCUCGCGCCUCAUUUUUUUUUCACCCUCUGCGUUAUCCCCCAAAAAAUGUGGGAUUAAUUUACUCUCGUUUUUGCCAAUUUUUUUCCGCUGUGAAAAACGAAAAAAUAAAAACGAAAAAUAAUAAUUCGCGAAUGAUGCCGCGACGGUGGCGUAGGCGAAAAAAUCAGCUAAGCAAAAUGUCCGCGACCGUGGGCAAGUCUGAGGAAGUGACCAUUGCCGGGGGCGUGGGUUCCGUUGGGCGCAUUACAGUCAUGGACUCGUCGUCGCCCGUGAUGAGCAAAGCCGACGUCUCUGCCGUGGAUCGCAUUCAGUUCCAGGGCAAAGAAACCCCGCAAUAUUCAAGGCUAAGCAAAAUGUCCGCGACCGUGGGCAAGUCUGAGGAAGUGACCAUUGCCGGGGGCGUGGGUUCGGUUGGGCGCAUUACAGUCAUGGACUCGUCGUCGCCCGUGAUGAGCAAAGCCGACGUCUCUGCCGUGGAUCGCAUUCAGUUCCAGGGCAAAGAAACCCCGCAAUAUUCAAGGAGCUCGUCAUCGUCGGCCGAGGAUCGUCCAGUGAGCCGGAAAAGCAUCGUUUUGGACGUGGCCGAAGAGAACCUGAAGGACUCGUCAUCGUCGUCAUCCGUUUCUCCCAAACCCAGACCGGGUUCCUGGAGCUCAGACGACGCCGACGUCGUCGUCGUCGUGUCAGGCCUGAAAAAUGCUGCCCAUCAGCAGCCAUCAGCCCUGGCAGUGUACGAAGCCAGCUCAGCCCAACACCUGAGGCACACUUGGGAAAGAAGCCAGUCAACAGCUGUUGUCGUUGCUUCUUCUUCUUCUUCUUCUUGUUCUUCUUCUUCGUCGUCUGUGGCACCAAUUAAGCCGGCUGAAGCCCGCAAAGAACCCGCCAGUGAGCCGCUUUUAUCAUCCGGGGAAGGACGAAUAACCAAAGCUGCUUUGAUGCCACUCGAUGCUGCGAAAUCUGAUUUAAAAGCGAAUGCUGGUGUCGACACGGUUGAGAACAAAUCACGACCUGAAUCCCUCGAAUCCACAGCGAACAUCACUGGAAACAACACGUGUAAUAUCCAAUCCACUUCAGCAGUUGCUGCUGCUGCCACUGGUGUGGCGCCGGGAGCGACAUCUGUGGUCGUCGACUCUCUGCAAUCAUCAUCAUCAUCUAGGCCUGAUUCCGCCAAGAGUCUGGAGACUGAUAAAUCUAUGAUCACAAGCCCAACUGGAAUUCAACACUCUGUGGGAUCUGACAAGAUUGGCAACACUUUUACUGCACCAAGUGUAGCCGCGACAUCUGUGGUUGACUCUAUGCCAUCAUCAUCAUCAUCAUCAUCAUCAUUGUCACCCGGGCCAGAUUCUGCCAAGAAUCUGGAGAAGGAAAAAUCAAUAAAUACAAGCUCUACAUCAAUUCAAUCAUCUGCUGGGUCUGACAAAAUUGGCAACACUUGUACUACACCAAGUGUAGCAGCGACAUCUGGAGUUGACUCACUGCCAUCAUCAUCAUCAUUGUCACCUGCGCUAGAUUCUGCCAAGAAUCUGGAGAAGGAAAAAUCAAUAAAUUCAAGCUCUACGUCAAUUUCCCUAUCUGCAGGGUCUGACAAAAUUGGCAACUCUUCAACUGGACCAGUUGUUGCAGCGACAUCUAUGGUGGACACUGUGCCAUCAUCAUCUUCACCCAGGCCAGACUCUGCCAAAAGUCUGGAGACAAGAAAAUCUGAAAUCAAUAGUCCUACAUCCUCAGCAGGAUUUGAUAAACCAGUAACGACAUCUGGCGACAAGCCCUCUGAAAUGCCUGGUGUGGCAUCAGGAGCGACAUCUACAACUGACUCUCCAUCAUCAUCAUCCAGGCCUGAUUCUGCCAAGAGUCUUGAAAAAGCAAAAUCUACAAUUUCUAGCCCUGUCCCUGAUUCAACCCUGGUUAAAUCUGCGUCAGGAUCUGACAAACCCUUGGGUGGUGCAAGUGAACCGAUUUUUGCAGCGACAUCUGGUGAGAAAGAUCAAGUCCCUCUGAAACCAGAUUCGGUGACAAUUACUGAAACACAAUCCAAGGAGUCAUCAAAAAAAGAAACUGCUCAAGAUGCUGCAAAGUCUAACACUUCGACACCCGAGUCUGAAAAAAUUAUGAAGUCCACAAGCGACAAUUUUGAGACCAAACCUGUUGCAAGCAUCCAAGAAGACACAAAAGUUGCUUCAGCCUCGAAUGCCAAAAAUCAGGAAAUUAAGAAUGAAGGUCUUCUUACAACUUCUGCUGAUUCAAAGCCAUCGAUGAAAACUGAUGAAAAACUUGGCGAUGAAACUGAUGAUGCAUUCCUGAAGACGGCUUCUGAUGGGAAAGAAUCAUCCAAUGACCCAAGACCCCUGUCUGCAAAAAGCUCUGGAAUCACUGCUGGAGAAAUUUCAGCAGCUGGUGAAAAAGCUCAUUCCACCCCAGAUUCUGUCCAAACCAUCGAGUCUUCAAUAAGUCCGACUCUUAUUCCAUCAAGUACUCCUGAUUCCAGGCCUCAGUCAGCCAAAACUGUGGACCCAGAAAAUAUUGACAACCUCAAAACGACGAAAGAUUCGGCAGCACUUGGCGAAAAAACAACCACUGAAUCCGAACCAGUCUCUGAAAAAAUCAGUUCUGAGGUUUCAGACUCCAAUAAGAGUCCAGAUUGCAGGCCACAGUCUGCAAAAAGUUUGAGCUCUUCAGAGCCUAAUGACUCUAAGUCUCCUCAAAAAUCAAUUAUUUCUGCUCUUGAUGGAGGAGUUUCACCUGGUGCAAAAACUCUGGACGAUUCCAGACCGGGUUCCGCUAAAACUGCUGAAUCGAAAAUCCCAGAUUCCAGACCGCAUUCCGCAAAAAAUCUGGACUCUGAAAAGAUUCUCAACUGGAAACCUGCCACUGAACUGACACCAGCAACCAAUGGAAAUAAUACUACAUCUCCUGAUUUAUCUACUAAUUCUGGUCCGAUUCAAGAAUUAUCAAAUUCCAAAACUUCGGAUUCUCGACCGUGUUCAUCGAAGAGCGGGGACUCGAAGCAUCAGACCGAUGGCCUGAAAUCUGCAGAAGCAUCGAGGCCAGUUUCUGCCAAAAGUACUAGCAGCACUCCAGAAGGCAGUACUAGCCCUUCAGCAAACACCAGACCGAAUUCCUCUAAAAUCACCGAAUCCUCGGCAAAAUCAGCAGCCGCCGAAAUUCCGAGCCCAUCUGCUGAAAAGCCGGAGAUUUCGAAAAAAACGGAAGACGAGAAAAAUUCCGUUGAAAUCCAAGAAACUUCUGCGAAAGCCGAUGACGCAUCCAAGAAUGAUGCCGAAAUAAAAGCAAUGGCAUCUGGUGGUGAUGAUGACAUUUCCAGUCCUCGAGACUCUUCGUCAAUAAUGCCUGAUGAUGAUGAUGCGAAAAAAUACACUUCCGGACCGGAUCCCGCGAAAUCUGCCCUCGAAGAAAAUAAAUCAUCUGAAAUUGCGAAAAAUCUCAAUAAAGCUGCUGGUUUGAGUCUAAAUUUAUCCGCUGCCGAGAAAAUGUCUCCUGAUGCUGUCAACGUAAUCGGCCAAUCGGAUCAAUCAGUUUCCCUAGUCAAUCCCGAAAAGGAAAUUAGCAAAGAACCAGCUUCUCGAGGGGUCGAGAACCGACCGGAAGAAGACGAAGAAUCAGCGACCGGAAGACACGGAAUGAUGCAGCAGCCGUCGGAAUCUAGAGUUCCGGAUAAAAAGGAACCCAGCCCAGCAGCCGACAGACCCGAAGAUAAAGGUUCUUCUUCUUCAGAGACGAAAUCAAUAUCCGCAGACACAACGCAAGUGACCAAUAAGCCGGAAGAGAAGAAGAGCAAAAGGGUGUCUGUCGACAUUGAGAGCAAUUACUACAACACCGUCUUUUCGGCGGCUUCCGAGUCCCCAGUCCUUCCGGAAAUUCUGCAAACAGACGACGAACCUUUGCCUGGACCCGGAUCAGAACCAACUGCUGCUGGGGAUGACGUGUUUUUGCGCGACGAGACGACUUCCGGUUCCGAUGAGCCGAGAAUCGAGCCAAAAGAUGACCUGAAGCCAUUAGCUGCGGAAGUCUGUCCUCAAUCGGCUGUCUGUCCACCGAAAACCGAAGAACACGAGGAUGAUGAGAUGGUUGUUGCUGAAGAAGCACCUCAAUCAUCACAGCCUCAACAAACAGACGACCGAAUUGGAAGGUCAAAGGAAAAGCGAAGCCGGCUUCCAGCUCGUGUUUCCAUUUCGCAAGGCGAUCACGACAGCGGAGUUGACGAGAACACGCAAUCGGCUAAUAACACGAGGAUGAUGAGAUGGUUGUUGCUGAAGAAGCACCUCAAUCAUCACAGCCUCAACAAACAGACGACCGAAUUGGAAGGUCAAAGGAAAAGCGAAGCCGGCUUCCAGCUCGUGUUUCCAUUUCGCGAUCAUGCUCCGACUAAGAAGGCUUCUUCUGCUGCGAAGGAUGGCAAAAGUGCGACUCGCAGAACCGGGACAAGGUCCACAAGCCGAAGCAAGUCUUUCACCAGGGAAGAGGAGCCGCCGAAAGAACUCGCCAAGAAGGUGCCCAUGAACAAAGUGGAAGUCGGGAAAGGCCCUAGUCCGAACCUGAAGAGCGUCAAGUCCAAGAUCGGGUCCAUGGAGAACACGCACUACAAGCCCGGAGGCGGCAACGUUCGCAUUGAGCACAAGAAAGUGGAAAUUGGCGAGGUCAAGCCCAAGGUCGGCGCCAAGAAUGAAGCCUAUCAGCCCAGUGCUGGUGGUCAGAAAAAGAAGUUGUUCAAGCCACCACCAAAGCAAGAAGUAGAGCAACCUCCUACACCAGCACCGCCGGCGACUGCUACUGAAAAGAAACCCGUGAAGAAAUUUGUGACGACCCAGAAGCUGAACUGGUCGGCCAAGUCGAAGAUUGGCAGUCUAGAAAAUGCGAAAUACAAGCCAAAGGGCGGCGACAAGAAGAUUGAGACAGUCAAGCUGAAUUUCAAGGACAAGGCGCAAAGCAAAGUGGCGUCCACGGUCAAUAUCAAGCACAAGCCCGGAGGCGGUGAAGUCAAGACUUCCGAAAAAACCCCAGAAAAACCGACGGAAGACGAAAAAAUUGCCGAGGAAAUUGAGAACAGGAAGUUGGACUUUAAGGCAGAGAGUAAAAUCGGGUCGUUGGGUAACGUGAAGCACCGCCCGGGCGGCGGGGACAAGGCCAUUUUCGACGACCGCGAGUACCUGCGCCAGAGGAGCGCGAGUCGGGACGGGAACGUGGGGUCCAGUGUUACCAGCUCUACCCCAGAACCGCUGCAGACGAAUGGCAACACUGCUGACCAUGUAUGAAGAUCAAGUGGAAGAACAAAGAUUGCUUCUGUGCCAGCCUUAUUUGCAAAUAAUUAGGUCAACAAACCGUCAAUAACGGUUUCCGGUUUCACGUUGUCCUUUUUUUUGUUCUUUUUUUUGGUUUUGAUCACAUUGAUGAAUCACGUAGAAUCAAAGAAGAAAAAAACCCAGUGACUCAGAUUGGAACUGAAGGAAUAUAAUUGCAAUUUUUGAUGCACCGAAAUCUGAUUAGGCUAAGCGAAAAGCCCUUUUUUUCUUCACUAUAUUGAGGAUGAUGAUUAAUUUCUCGGGAUAUUGAUUUGGAGUGUUCAUGCGUUGAGUUCUCAUCGUAUGCGAGCGAUUGCAUUUUCUUUUUUUUUUUGCUUGGCUUUUUUUUAAUGCUAGUAUAGAUCAUAUUGAUUUCGUCCGCUGAUUCCCGAGUCUUGAGUUAAUUUCCAAGAAGGGAGUUUUUUUUUUUUUUAGAAUUUACUCGUCGGAGGCUGGAAGAAAUAAGCUUGAGCUCAGUUCGAACAGUUUUCUUCCGCUGCUUCGAACUCGGAAUCCUUCCAAAGCUGAUGACGAUGUUCCACUUCUAUAUUGUGAUUUUCAUUUUAUUUUUCAGAAAAAUCCACUCUGCUUUUGAAGUAGAUGAGGGCUAAAUCAAAAGAUCACGAAAAAGUAAGAAACCGUUCGGUUUUUUUUUUUUUAAUGCAGAACAACUUUUUGCUUGGUCCCCACCUUUUUUUUGUGUGAGGAAUAUGUUUCUGCUUCGGCUGAUGCUUCAUUAGACGAUAUGGAAUGUGGGAAUUGAGCUGUUAUUUUUGUAAGCUGAGGGCAGUGAUUUUUUCGGCGUUCUGUGACACAGGCUUUUCUCACUCUCGAAAUCCGCCAGUAUUCGAAGAAAUUUUUUCCUCUCCUGUUUGUUUUUUUUUUCGACCGAUUUCAAACGCAAUUUAUGGGAGCAUCCAGCGAGUUUCCGUCGAGAAACGAAGGUCAAAAUUCGCAUUGUCAUUUAUUCAGGCGUUUCGUUCUGCGAAAUUUCGUUGAAAAAAAACAGAAAAUGCGAAGUGUAAUCAGCGAUUUCGAAAAAUCGGUGCUGCGAGAUGGUAAACUUCCUGGCUGCUCCGUUUGUUUUCUAUACUGCGUGAAAGGAUAUAUUCUCUUGCUUCACAUUCCCGUUUUUUGGCGCAAUGGAAUGAGCGAGUGCUUUUGAGCUAUUUAGCAGCUGAUGUUGAGCGGAUAUGGUGCAAGAAGAGGACUUUUUUGGUUUGUUUUUUUUGAAUGACUGUGGCGAGCAAAUGCUGGAGGUUAAGAAAAAGUUUGCACUCGUUGCGUGUGUAUAAGGAUCGGAGAGAGGAUUUUAUCCGUUGCGAACAGUGUCGUGCUUCUCUGUAUACAUGUGCAGUUGAGAGAACCACCUUCUGUGCAAAAAGCAACUGUGAAGUAAAAGUUUUAUUGGGAAA